GAUUCUCUUGGUAGCCAAAAUACUAGUUUUAAGAGUGUUUGUGGUACUGGGAGAAGUGACUGCUUUAUAGUGAGUAAGGUGUAUGUAGCAAGUAAAGAACAGAAAUCUCUAUUCCUGCGGGGCUGGGGGAAACUAUCCAAAGGCCCUGAUCUUGUAACUCAACCUACACAAGUGGACCCGAUUAACUGGCUGCAGGAUUGGAGCCAAAGCUGCAGAUUGUUGAUCUUGCAGAGAACCCUCCGUGAUGUCCUGGGAGGUGGGAUGGUGCUGGUGCUACAAAGCCACGUGCUUACCUAGUGUGAGCCUCUCAUCUAGGGGUAGUUUCUGUACACACGUCAGAUGGAGCCUGCUGUACUGGCUUUUGUUCUUUGGAUAUUUGGCUUUCUUUCUGUUCCUGCGGCUGGUUAUCCAAAUGGAAAAGUAAGAGAGGCCUGCAGUAGUAUGAUGCCUUCCCAUGGACAUUCUCCACAGCCAUCCCCUGAGCACACUAUAUCAGUGAAUGAGACCAAAUUUAGACCAGGGAACCAUAUAAAAGUUAGUUUAUCUGGUCCAGUUUUUGAAGGAUUUUUCAUACAAGCCCGGAAUGCAGAGAAUUUGGCUGGCCCUGCAGUUGGCUCUUUUAUGCUAGGUGAAGAAAGGAUUUCUCAGCUUCUGACAUGUGGACUUGUAAAGAAUUCUGCUGUCAGUCACACAAGUAAAUCAAAAAAGACCAAUGUAGAGGCUUAUUGGGUUGCUCCCACAGAUGUACCAGAACAUGUACAAUUUCUAGCCACAGUUGUAGAGAAAUAUAAAAUCUUUUGGGUGAAGAUUCCUGGUCCCAUCAUUUCCCAACCUAAUGCACCACCUUUGACGACACCUACAAGUAUUACACCAGAGAGUCUACCAACUUCACAGCCAGUUUUCCAUCUAACAACAUCAUUUAAUGCCUCCAGCUGUGGAAUUACAAAGUUCUGCAUAAGGAAUCCUCCAAAAUGUAAUCCUGGGGCUGCCUAUUGUUUCUUUCUGUCCUUCAAACAAAGUAACUACUCGGUACUUAUUGAAAUGAGUGGUCCUAGUGAAGGAUAUAUAGCCUUUGCAUUAUCUCAUGACCAGUGGAUGGGUGACGAUGAUGCAUAUCUGUGUAUUAAUGAAGAUCACCGUAUUAAUAUAAACACGGCCUAUCUUAGUGGGCGAACUCCUCCUGUGUUGGACUCAGAGAAUGGCCUUGAAGAUCUCUCAUGGAGGGUGGCUGAUGGUCUUCUUCAGUGCUCUUUCAGAAGAAACCUUCAUCUUCCUGCUUAUAAAGGGAGGUUUAAUCUAGAUGCUAAUUAUUACAUAUUUCUGGCAGAUGGGGAGGCGAGUGAGGGAGGUCUAAUCCACAAACAUCAUCGUCAGCCUCUGAUCACCAAUGGAAUGUACAAUGUCACAGACUCUCCAAAGGAUGUAGGGGGAUCCCGCUCUCCACUUCUUCUUAAACUCCAUGCUUCAUUAAUGUUUGUUGCAUGGAUGACUACAGUUAGUAUUGGCGUUAUUGUUGCCAGAUUCUUCAAACCAGUUUGGCCUCAUUCAUUGUUUGGGAAGGAGAUUUGGUUCCAGGUACAUCGUAUGCUGAUGUUGACCACAGUGCUUCUUACGAGCAUCGCUUUUGUUCUUCCUUUUAUAUACAGAGGAGGCUGGAGUGAAUGGGCAGGAUUUCAUCCAUACCUUGGCUGUACCGUGAUGGCUCUGGCAAUCUUUCAACCUCUGAUGGCAGGUUUCAGACCACCUCCUCAUUCACCAAGAAGGCAAGUAUUUAACUGGAUUCACUGGAGUACUGGCACAACAGCUAGAAUACUAGCUGUGGUGACUAUGUUCCUGGGAAUGGAUCUACCAGCACUCAACCUUCCAGACCCAUGGGACACUUAUACAAUGAUUGGAUUUGUAGCUUGGCAUGUCAGUAUUGAUAUUCUCCUGGAGAUACAUAGCUACUGUCUCAUUCGCAAAGUUGAAGUGAUUGAUGAGGAUAGAAUACAAAUUCUUCAGUCACUUACAUCGGCAGAGGCAGAGGGUCAUACAUUUAAAGAGAUUGUGUUAACCAUCUACAUCUGUGGAAAUAUAGCAUUCCUUCUUACCUUCCUGGCAGCAAUCCACCAACUAUGAAUUUCUGACAAGGACAUUAGAUGUUGAGCAUUUGCAGUGAAAUCAAAAGUGAAGCACCACUCAAGGAAAUUCUUACAGAUACCAAGGUUGCCUCAAUAUCUUCCUGAAGUUAUACUUGAAGAAUAAUUGUGUGUGAUGAUGAUGAUCCAUCUGUCUGUGCUCUCAUGACCAUCAACAGAGAGAAUGUAUGUUUAGAUUCUAAAGACUGAUCCUGCAGUCCGGCCCAAACUACUUCUCUUUUUUCUUUCUUUUUUUUUUUUUUUUAUGGGACUUUCUUCCUGAGUAAGGACUGUAGUAACUUUUAACCCAGUAACUUAACUUCUUGUUUUGAAUUGUGUAGACUGAGAGGGUAUGAUAACUACUGGUUGAUAUGGGUGGAAAUCACUGUUUUGAACUUUUUGUUGUCAUUCUCUGUACCUAUAUGUACAUUAUUUGAAAUACUGAAUAGACCAGUCCUAAAUCUGCUCGUCGUAUAAUUCAUUAAGCAACAUGGUAAACUGAAUAAUGUACUGCCUAAAUGGCUCUUAUUUAAAGUAUGUGAUGUUUGUAUUGUGCACUCCAAAAAAUCUGUGCUCAGAAUGAUUGUCACAAACAGUAGCUGAUGCAUCAGAGACUACAGUACAUUGGCAUAUUUCUCUGCAAUUAAAUGCAAAACCUACAUUUUCUGCUCUAAGAGCAGUUCCAUAUAACACACAAACUGGGCUGAGCUUCGGUCCUGUAACUUUGUCAUUACUUGCAUCAGUCACAAGAUUUUAAAAAAAAUCUUUAGAAUAUAAAGAGAAGACACACACUGCAAACUCUUUAUGAGAAACUUUUAGCGAAACUACGCCGCAAUGUGUCUACAUAGUCAUAGUGUCUUCUGGUCACUUAAGUC